CUCACGUUUCCCGCUGAUCUCCCCGAAAAUGAUAGCGGCUUACGUAUCGCACAAGGCACCUCCCGGCCGUCCCGAGAGUCCCCUUUUUACUUGGUGCUUCGCUGGGAUGAUUUUCGUGGCCCUAGUUCUCCUGCUACCCAUAUUCUCCGAUGCCUGUGGUGAUCCACCAAGAUUUGAAACUAUGAGGCUCCAGGGUGCCCCAAAACCCAAUUAUAGUCCUGGGGAAACUAUACACUAUGAAUGUCGCCUAGGUUUCCAGCCCAUGGCUCCUCCUCUUCCCCCCUCUGCUGUUUGUCAGGAUGAUAAUACAUGGUCACCUCUCCAGGAGGCCUGUACAAGAAAAUUGUGUCCUAAUCUAGGAGAUCCUGUAAAUGGCCAAGUUAACUAUGUAAAUGGAAGUACUAUGUUUGGUUCACAAGCUCACUAUUUUUGUAAUGAGGGUUUUUACAUGAUUGGAUCAAGAAUUCUAUAUUGUGAAAUUUCUGGAAAUAAUGUGAUAUGGGGUGAUAAUCCCCCAUUAUGUGAAAGGAUUUUGUGUACAACACCUAGAAACAUAACAAAUGGAAGAAUCACCAAUUACAAGGACGAAUAUGAAUAUAAUGAAAUAGUAACUUAUAGUUGUAAUCCUUCAGAUGGACCAGAUGAAUAUUCACUUGUUGGAGAGAGUGUGCUUGUUUGUGUUGAUAGUGACAGAUGGAGUAGUGACUCUCCUCAGUGUAAAGUGGUCAAAUGUGAAUAUCCAGUUGUCGAACAUGGAAAGAUGGUAUCAGGAUUUAGAAAAAAAUUUUACUACAAAUCUCAAGUUGCGUUUGAAUGUAACCAAGGUUUUUACCUUCAUGGCAGCAACACAAUUGUCUGUGGUGCAAACAGUACUUGGGAGCCCAAGAUCCCAAUGUGUACUAAAGGAUAUUAG